AUGAAGAAGACCGUUACCCUUGAAAAGACCCUGACGAUUGAGGACAAGGAGCUGGCGGCUGCUGGCUACGAGCACCUCAAGGAUGAAAAGAACAAGGCCGGAAAGGACACAGGUUUUGAAAAUGUAGACAUCCAGGAGCACCGCUAUAACUUCAAGGACCUCGAAGAGAAACUUUCCUCCAGUUUCAACACCAAGGAUCCUGCUCAAUCUCAAGGUCUUACUUCGGCGGCGGUCAAGGCUGCCCUUUUUCGGGAUGGUCCCAACAUCCUCACACCUCCCAAAAAGAAGUCGGCUUUGCGCAAGUACUUUGAUUGUCUAGUGACCAUGUUUAACAUUCUGCUGAUCAUCGCUGGUAUUCUCGAAUACGUUCUGCUUGGUAUCCAAUUCAAGGAAAACUUUCAAAACACCUACUUGGGUGGUAUUCUCAUCGCGGUCGCCUUCCUCAACGCUUUCAUUGAGUUUUAUCAGCUCCAGAAAUCGGAAGCUAUUUUAGCAUCUUUUCUGGCUAUGAUACCGCCCUCCUGUCAUGUGGUCAGGGAUGGCGCUCUCACUUCUGUUCCGGCGGCAGAUCUAGUCAAAGGCGAUGUAGUUCUUAUUCGCUCCGGAGACAAGACACCAGCGGAUCUGAUUCUGUUUGCUGGAAGUGAUCUCAAGGUUGACAAUAGCAGUCUAACGGGAGAGUCUGAGCCUCAAGAGCGCUACGCCAUUCCUGAUGGGUCCACUGCCCGCCCAGUCGAAGCUGAGAACUUGGUCUUCAACUCUACUCUUGUCGUCAAUGGCGAAGGAUGGGGCGUCGUCGCUCGUACUGGUGAUCACACGCUGAUUGGUCAAAUUGCUGCCCUCACGGGAGGUGAAAGCGGGAACCAGAGUCCUCUCGGUGUCGAGAUUGCUCAUUUUGUGACAAUGGUCUCGUGUAUCGCCAUUGUUUUUGCUGUUGUGUUCUUUGUUGUUGGGAUCACGACUGCUUACAAGGGCAAGGCUGCCCAAACGGUUACAUUCGCCGUCUCCAUCCUCGUGGCAUUUGUCCCAGAGGGUCUGCCAUCUGUGGUCACUCUGCUUCUUUCCAUUGCAGCAAAGAGAAUGGCAAACCAGAAGGUGCUUGUGAAGGAUCUGCAGGGCGUGGAGACUCUGGGAUCGCUGACUCUCCUCGCAACCGACAAGACUGGCACGCUGACUCGGAACCAAAUGACAGUGACGAACCUUUGGAGUGGCCUCAAGAUGUAUACGGCGUUCCAGUCGAACAACGAUGAGGACGAUACGGCCGCGUUCUCUCUCGUCGCACCAGGCAUGCGUGAGAUGGUGGACAUCGCCACCCUGAACUCAAAGAUCAAGUUCGACAAGACCGAUGUCCCCUUCGACCAGCGUAACAUUCUCGGUGACGCCACCGAAACUGGAUUGACUCGUUUUGCCGGAAAUCAUGUCUCGCAUUACGAUGCGUACCAAAAGCAGCACCCAAAAGUUUUCGAAGUUCCCUUUAACUCGGCGAACAAGUGGGCUCUCGUUAUCCUCGAAAAGCGUCAUGCCAACGGGCCUUUGACUUCCUACAUCAAAGGAGCUCCGGAACGUGUCCUUGCCAAGUGUUCGACGUACUUGCAGGAUGGACAGCAAAUACCCAUUACUGAUGAGUUCAAGCGGGCGUAUGAUGAUGCGUACGACUACAUGGCAUCUCGUGGACACCGCGUCAUUGCUUGCGCCCAGCUGCAGCUUUCUGAAUCCGAGUAUCCCAAGGACCACACCUUCACGAAGACGGACGGCGGUUACCCUAUCACUGACAUGUGCUUCGUUGGUCUGGUUUCCCUCGAGGACCCUCCAAAGCAUGGUGUUCGCGAGGCUAUUGGUACCCUGCGUCUUGCUGGCAUUAAAGUCAUGAUGGUUACAGGCGAUCACCCUAAGACGGCAGAAGCCAUCGCUCGCAAGAUUAACCUCAUUAUUGGUGACACUCGGGAGUCCCUCGCUGUCCGCACCAACCGUUCGGUAGAGGAAGUUUACGAAGACGAGGUCGACGCCGUUGUUGUUCAUGGCGAUGAUAUCGAUGGCCUGCAAGGCUGGCAAUGGGAUCAAAUCUUCAACAAGAAAGAAAUUGUGUUCGCCCGGACAUCCCCUCAGCACAAACUCGAGAUCGUCAAGCGUGCACAGGCACUGGGACACAUCGUCGGUGUCACGGGCGACGGUGUGAACGACUCACCCGCAUUAAAGAAGGCUGAUCUCGGUAUCGCCAUGAACAUCUCCGGAUCUGAUGUGUCCAAGGAAGCUGCGAACAUGAUCUUACUUGAUGACAACUUCGCUUCCACGGUCAAGGGUGUCGCCGAAGGACGACAAAUUUUCGUGAAUUUGAAGCGUUCCAUUCAGUAUACUAUAACACAUAGUACGCCCGAGGUCAUUCCUCAGCUACUUUAUGUCGUCGUUCCCAUUCCUCUGCCCAUCUCUGCUAUUUUGAUCCUGGUCAUCGAUCUUGGAUUCGAGCUCUUUGUCGCCCUUUCGUUUGCAUGGGAUAAACCUGAGACUGCCGAUGGUUUAAUGAGAAUGGGCCCCCGAAAGCCAGUGAAUGAUCGUUCGAUAAACGCCCUCAAGCGUCGUGCUCUUCACCGUACCAAGACACUAAUUCGAGACCCUGAAACGCAAGAGUUCAUUCCUCCCAGUCACAUGUCGAAAGUAGCCUCAGCAGUAAAAGCACCGUUUACCGCCGCUUUCUGGGAGGACAAACUCGAAAAGAAAGAAGAUGAAACACUCGUGGACUCCAAGCUCCUCAGCUACUCAUACUUGGAAGCCGGUGGUAUUGAAAUGCUUGCAUCCCUGGUUGCAUACUUUGUUGUGUUCUACAAGAACGGAUUCUCGCCCAGCGAUCUGCGUAUAGCCCAGUCCAACGGCAGCUACUUCACUUCUUCAAGUCCUCCGUUCACAAACUCGAAGGGCCACGUUAUCGAUGCCGCUGGUCAAACCGAAGCACUGGCACAGGCCCAAUCCAUCGUUUAUCUUUCCAUCUUCAUCGUGCAAUGCUUCAACGUGUUUGCUGUAAAAGCGAAGUUUAGAUUCCCCUUCGGCCGUAGCGUCGUUGCAAACUACUACAACUUUUUCGGUAUCCUGGCCGGAGCCUGCCUCGGCAUCUUCAUUAUAUAUACGCCGCCGCUACGUGUCGUCUUCGGGGGCUCGUACCACCUCUCUCCUCUUUACUGGCUCAUCCCUGUGGCGUUUGGUUGCUUGCUCCUUAUUUGGUCGUCGAUCCGUGUCCUCCUCAUGCGCAAGUCGAUCGAGCAGUCGAAGGUAAAGGAUAUUAAGGGUCUCAUGAUGUUUCCCACAAUGAGGACGAUGAGCUUGCGUUCUCGCAACAAAUAAAACUCUAGUAUACCACAAUUGUUACAAACGUCAACGGUGUACAGAGGUCACCAAAAU